CCACGCGGACCGCAAAGAGGAGGCGCCUGGACGAUGGUCGCUCUCGGCUGAGUUUCCGGCUGCGACUUUAUUGGCAAAAAAUCGCAGUAACAAUACCGGCCCCAAGGCUGACCACCGCCACGCUCAGUCUCCGAAAGUCCGCACACGACUGCAUCGCCUACCCUUGGACCCUGAUUGUCAGCUCCAAACGAGCCGAUGGAAAAAUCCAAAAAUUUCCGCAUCGACGCCCUUCUGGCCGUGGAUCCCCCGCGAGCCGCCUCUACGCAGAGCGCGCCUCUGGCCUUGGUCACUUCCCUCGCGACUACAGUAUCUGGUCCUGGCCGCGGCAGCGGCGGCGGCGGGGGGACCAGUAGCGGGGCGAGCCGCAGCUGCAGUCCCGCGUCCUCGGAGGCCACUGCAGCGCCCAGUGACCGGCUGAGAGCUGAGAGCCCGUCGCCCCCACGCUUGCUGGCUGCACACUGUGCCCUGCUGCCCAAGCCUGGAUUCCUGGGCGCCGGAGGAGGCGGCGGCGCGGCGGGUGGGCCGGGCACUCCCCACCACCACGCGCACCCUGGUGCAGCGGCCGCCGCGGCUGCCGCUGCGGCUGCCGCCGCUGCCGGUGGCCUGGCACUGGGGCUGCACCCGGGGGGCGCACAGGGCGGCGCGGGCCUGCCCGCACAGGCAGCUCUCUACGGACACCCGGUCUACAGUUACUCGGCGGCAGCUGCAGCGGCCGCGCUAGCCGGCCAGCACCCAGCGCUUUCCUACUCGUACCCUCAGGUGCAGGGCGCGCACCCUGCGCACCCUGCCGAUCCCAUCAAACUGGGUGCCAGCACCUUCCAACUGGACCAGUGGCUGCGCGCGUCUACUGCGGGCAUGAUCCUGCCCAAGAUGCCGGACUUCAGCUCCCAGGCGCAGUCUAACCUCUUGGGGAAGUGCCGAAGGCCUCGCACGGCAUUCACCAGCCAGCAGCUGUUGGAGCUGGAACACCAGUUCAAGCUCAACAAGUACCUGUCUCGACCCAAGCGUUUUGAGGUGGCUACCUCGCUCAUGCUCACCGAGACUCAGGUGAAGAUUUGGUUCCAGAACCGCCGAAUGAAAUGGAAACGCAGCAAAAAGGCCAAAGAGCAGGCUGCGCAGGAGGCGGAGAAGCAGAAGGGCGGCGGGGGCAAUGGCAAGGGUUGCACUGAGGAGAAGACAGAAGAGGAGCUGAUGGGGCCCCCGGUUUCGGGGGACAAGGCCAGUGGCCGUCGCCUGCGGGACUUGCGGGACAGUGACCCGGAUGAAGACGAGGAUGAUGAAGAAGAGGACAACUUCCCUUACAGCAAUGGUGCGGGUGCCCAAGCUGCCUCAUCUGACUGCUCAUCUGAGGACGACUCGCCUCCCCCAAGACUAGGCGGGGGGCCUGGACACCAAUCUCUGCCCCAGUAGUUGCCCCAAGGGCGGAAGCAGGGAUGCGAAAGAUGGCUACCUGG